AUGGAGGUUGGAAGGAAAAAAGUUAGUCGAAAUGUAGAGCAUCAAGAUCUUGUUGGGCUUAAGAAGAAUCAAUAUCACUAUGCCAAGUCAAUAGAAGAGAAUGAGAAGAUGGUGGAGGAGAUGCGACAACAAAUACUUCAACUCGAAAAGCAACUCAAAGAGAAAAAGGUUGCUCAUGAUCAGUACAUCUCAGGACUAGAAAUCAACUUGCGUCAUAGAUGGAGACCGAUCGAGGAUGACCAGCUCAUGGUGAACUUUCCGAACUGCACUAAGAAGAUGGAGCUAGACAAACUCACUUUUGCUAAUAACGCCUAUCGUGACAAGAAGUCUAUUAUAUCAUUUUCGUCCGGGGAACGAGAAAUUAAUUUCCACAAUCUAAACAAUCAGAUGUUACACAAGGCGCAUUGCAUGAGUGGUGAGAGACGCCUUCUUAAGAUGCUGAAUCCAAAUAAGGAUGAUACAGAGUCUGUUAUUUCCCUUGAACAAAUUAAAGGACAAAUGAGGAAGUUAUAUUGUUCGAAGAAAUGGCCAUAUUUUGAUAGCACAAGCACAAUCAAUGAAGAAACAUACGAGAGAAAGCUAAGGGAACUUGAAUGCGAGAGAGAUCAAGUGUUUGUUAAUGCUCCUUCUCAAGCCUCUCUAUGGAAAUCAUUACCUUCUACCAAGGACUUACGCAACCAGAUCAAGGCUAUGGAUGCAAAAGAUGAAGAAAAGAGGAAAAAAGUAUUGAAAAGAAGAAAGAAGAUAGAGUCAAGGGAAAGAAAGAUAAAGAAGACAGAGAAUGAGAUCAAGUCUAUGAGAAAGAUGAUGGAUAGGAUUCAAACAAGAGAGCAGAAAGCUUUGGAAACCAUUUCACAUGAUAGGACUUGUUUAGAGAAAAUCACAUGUUGUUAGAACUAAUACUGAGAUGUUUAUAAUGUUUCAAACCCCUUUUCAAAAUUAAAAUUUGUGAAAACUCGAUAUUGUUUAAAGGAGAUUAUAUAAUGACGCAUAAAAAUAAAAAGGAUCCGAAGAAGGGUAUAUUCGAAAAUAUGAAAUAGUUGUGGAAUGGAGCUAUUUCUAAAGCAAUCACUAUCAUCACUCAUC